UUCUUCAUUUGUAUCGAUCCGAAGCUCAUUUCAUUCAUCUCCGUUUCACCCAAUUCAGAUCCAAAAGAGAAACCCUAAUCUGCUUAUUCUUUCAGAUCAGAUCCAAUUCGAAUGGACGCCCUCGAUUCUGUGUUCGAUCCUCUUAGAGAUUUCGCCAAAGACAGCGUUAGGCUCGUCAAAAGAUGUCACAAGCCUGAUCGUAAAGAAUUUACCAAGGUUGCUACUCGUACGGCGAUUGGUUUUGUUGUGAUGGGAUUUGUUGGAUUUUUCGUGAAGUUGGUUUUCAUUCCUAUCAAUAACAUCAUCGUUGGUGCUUCUUAAUUGGCCUUGCGAAGGACAUAGCCAAUUGGAGAUGUAGAGCCAGAGAUAGAAGUGGUGCAAAAAUUUAGUUUCACAUUGUGAUCCGUAGCAUUUGGAUACCCUGUAGUUCUGAACCUCCUAGUUAAUCCGUUUUUAUGUCAUUCUAAUUGCCUCCCUCACCUCCCAGUCCCCUUUUCCGGCCUGCUAUCAGAUUUUGUAAACUUUCCUGUUGAAUUUGAGACAUACAAUGUUUUCAUCGUAAUUUUGCCCAAUCUUUAAGCCAUGAUGGAUACAGCUUUGGAACGUA